CACACUUCACUACAGCAUGACAGAGACGAAACGUCCCCUUCCCACAAAAGUGGCCGCUAUGAAGGCUCGGAAAAGGCAGAAACUGGCGCCUGUGGACAGCGAUGGAAAUUCGGUGCCACGCCAAAGUCGUAGUGCUGCACGCGAGUCCAAGCAAAAGGUCAAUCUCGAAGCGUUAGCGUGGAAGCCGGUUUCGUUGCCGGAUCGCAUGGACGACUAUGAAGGAUUCUUUGGCCUGGAAGAAAUCGACAAUGUCGAGGUGACUCGAGACGGGGAAAAUGGCGCCCUCUCAUUCCUUUCCCAAGUGCCUGCAAACGCCCCCAAGUCCAACGGAAAUCGCGAAGUUGACGAAGAUGCCGAGUCCUGGUCGGGAUUUGCGGAUGAAGACCAGCCAGCUCUUCAGGUCCGAAAGGAAUCCAAAACGGACAAGACCAAGAAGAAGGCGAAAGCCGAAGGGAAGCGCAAGCCAAAGAGCGCUCCGAAUGGUGAUGUGACUUCCGAAGGUGCCUUCUCGCGCCUGGUGGAAGAGAGCGAGGAUACGGGCGUCGAUGUGUCGCAAUGGAACCCCUUGAAGCUAUCGCCAGAUACCAUGGCAUCUCUAUCAAAACUUCGCUUCACCAAGCCUACGCCCAUCCAGCAACACGUCAUUCCAGAAGUCCUCGCAGGUCACGAUGUGAUUGGAAAGGCUUCAACGGGAUCGGGAAAGACGUUGGCUUUUGGAAUCCCGAUCCUCGAGCGAUUCUUAGAAUCAUCCCAGCAGCGAAAGAAGGGGAAAAGUGGCUCUGGUCCUUUGGCGCUGCUGUUGUCGCCAACCCGAGAAUUGGCGCACCAGCUGGACAAGCAUCUCACUGCACUCUUCAGCGGACUAUCGACCGACAGGCCUUCCAUUGCGACUCUGACUGGAGGCCUCUCCCUUCAAAAGCAGCAACGAAUGCUGAAGGAUGCUGAUGUGGUCAUUGGCACUCCGGGCCGCCUGUGGGAAGUGAUUGGUGAUGGGCACGGCGUUGCAGCAUCGCUCAAGCACAUCGAUUUCUUGGUCAUUGAUGAGGCUGACAGACUACUCAGCGAAGGUCACUUUAAAGAGGUCGAGGAGAUAUUGAACGCUCUGGAUCGAGACGAGGCCCAGGACGAAUCGGACGAAACCGAAAAUGCGACCACGCCACGUACCACGAAAUCACAGGCAAGCUCACGGCCUGCGAAGCGGCAGACUCUGGUCUUCUCGGCGACCUUUGAUCGCGCUCUACAAAGGAAGCUGGUCGGUAAGCUCAGCCACCGGGAUAACCUGCUCAGCAAUGCCCAGUCGAUGGAGUAUCUGCUGUCAAAGUUGAAUUUCCGCGAAGAGACACCCAAAUUCAUCGAUAUGAACCCAAUCAAUCAGCUCGCCACUGGCCUCAAGGAGGGCCUGAUCGAAUGCUCGGGCACCGAGAAGGACCUCUACUUGUACGCUCUUCUGCUCCUGUAUUCGACGCAACGCACGAUCGUCUUCACCAACUCCAUCAGCGCCGUCCGUCGCAUCGCACCAUUGCUGCAGAAUCUCAACCUCAAUGCGAUUGCGCUGCAUUCCGGCAUGGCACAGAAAGCUCGUAUGCGAUCGGUGGAACGCUUCAGCGGCAAGACCGACGCAGACAAGGUGACGACACCCGCCAUCCUGAUUGCAACCGACGUGGCGGCACGUGGUCUCGACAUUCCGAGCAUUGAUCUGGUCGUGCACUACCAUCUACCCCGAACCGCAGAUACCUAUGUCCACCGAUCGGGCCGCACUGCUCGCGCGGGCCAACAGGGCUCGUCCGUCCUCAUCUGCGGCCCCGAGGAAGUAGCAGGUGUGCGGCGGCUGAUUGCAAAAGUCCACGCCCACUCUGCUGCUGCUGCUGCUGGAUCCGCGAAUGAGAAUGCGUCCCUGGCCACGAGACAAGGCUACUACAUUCGCACACUCGACAUCGAUCGACGCAUCGUGUCUCGUCUGAAGGAUCGUCUCACCCUUGCCAAAAAACUCGCAGAUACCACGAUUGCCAAAGAAAAAGCCCACAAGGAGGACGAUUUCCUGCGCACCGCCGCAGAAGAUCUAGGGAUUGAUUACGAC